AUGAGUCAAUACGUCAACGUUCCGCGCUCGGACCUCGAUGAGGGCCAGCUUCGCGAGCUGGAGCAGUAUGAGAUUGCGCAGGGCCCUCUGUCGGUGCUGCAGCAGGCUGUGCGCAACCACUCGCAGGUGCUCAUCUCGCUGCGCAACAACAAGAAGCUCCUGGCGCGUGUCAAGGCGUUUGACCGCCACUCGAACAUGGUGCUCGAAAAUGUCAAGGAGAUGUGGACCGAGGUCCCGAAGAGCAAGAGCAAGAAGCCUGUGCAUAAGGACCGCUUCAUCUCGAAAAUGUUCCUGCGCGGCGACUCGGUCGUGCUGGUGUUGCGCAACAUUGCGUAG